GCCCACCGAAAGCCAUGUGUAUAAAGAUUCCGGUCUAUUUAACGGAAGUCUCUUUCAAUUUCCCUGCGUCAGAGAGCAGAGGGAUAACGCUUUGGUCCCACUUUAUUCAAGAAAAAGCAACAAAAAAAUAAACAAGAUGCCUGCCGAUGAAGCAAUGGAGCCUGAGACCUUUGCCUUUCAGGCAGAGAUUGCUCAGCUCAUGUCCCUCAUUAUCAAUACCUUUUAUUCCAACAAGGAGAUCUUUCUCAGGGAGCUCAUCUCCAACGCCUCUGACGCUUUGGACAAAAUCCGUUAUGAAAGUUUAACGGACCCAGCAAAGUUGGACUCUGGCAAAGAUCUCAAAAUUGAAAUCAUCCCUGACAAAGAAGAGAAGACCCUCACAAUUAUUGACACUGGGAUUGGCAUGACCAAAGCGGACCUCAUCAACAACCUGGGAACUAUCGCCAAGUCUGGCACCAAGGCCUUCAUGGAGGCGCUGCAGGCUGGGGCAGACAUCUCCAUGAUCGGGCAGUUUGGAGUGGGCUUCUACUCCGCCUACCUGGUGGCUGAAAAGGUGUCUGUGCUGUCCAAACACAAUGAUGACGAGGCGUACCUCUGGUCAUCCUCAGCUGGAGGCUCCUUCACCAUCCAACCUGUUUCAGGAACUGAGUCCAUUGAACGUGGAACAAAGAUCAUUCUGCAUUUGAAGGAGGACCAGAUGGAGUAUGUUGAGGAGAAGAGAAUCAAGGAGAUCGUCAAGAAGCACUCUCAAUUCAUUGGCUAUCCCAUCACCCUAUACGUGCAGAAGGAGCGUGAAAAGGAGGUGAGUGAUGACGAGGCAGAGGAGGAGAAAGAGGGCGAGGAGAAGGAGGGUGAGGAUGGGGACGCACCCAAGAUCGAGGAUGUGGCAGAGGAUGAUGCUGGGGACAAGAAGAAGAAAAAGAAGAUCAAGGAGCGCUACACCGACCAGGAGGAGCUGAACAAGACCAAGCCUAUCUGGACUCGCAACCCCGACGACAUCACCAACGAGGAGUACGGAGAGUUCUACAAGAGCCUCACCAACGACUGGGAGGACCACCUGGCCGUUAAGCACUUCUCAGUGGAGGGUCAGCUGGAGUUCCGCGCCCUCCUCUUCAUCCCCCGCCGUGCACCCUUCGACCUAUUUGAAAACAAGAAAAAGAAGAACAACAUCAAGCUGUACGUGCGCAGAGUCUUCAUCAUGGACAACUGCGAGGAGCUCAUCCCAGAGUACCUCAAUUUCGUCCGUGGUGUGGUGGACUCCGAGGACCUGCCCCUGAACAUCUCCAGAGAAAUGCUGCAGCAGAGCAAGAUCCUGAAGGUGAUCCGCAAGAACAUCGUCAAGAAGUGCCUGGAGCUAUUUGCCGAGCUCUCCGAGGACAAGGACAAUUACAGCAAAUUCUACGAGGCCUUCUCCAAGAACAUCAAGCUGGGUAUCCAUGAGGACUCUCAGAACCGUAAGAAGCUGUCGGAGCUGCUGCGUUACCACAGCUCUCAGUCCGGAGAUGAGAUGACCUCCCUCAACGAGUACCUGACCCGCAUGAAGGAGAACCAGAACUCCAUCUAUUACAUCACAGGCGAGAGCAAAGACCAAGUGGCCAACUCUGCAUUUGUGGAGCGCGUGCGUAAGCGCGGAUUUGAGGUGCUGUACAUGACUGAGCCCAUCGACGAGUACUGCAUCCAACAACUCAAGGAAUUCGAUGGCAAGAACCUGGUGUCUGUGACCAAGGAGGGCCUGGAGCUGCCUGAGAAUGAAGAGGAGAAAAAGAAGAUGGAGGAGGACAAGGCCAAGUUUGAGAACUUGUGCAAACUCAUGAAGGAAAUCCUCGACAAGAAAGUGGAGAAGGUGACCGUCUCAAACCGGCUUGUCUCCUCUCCUUGCUGCAUCGUCACGUCCACCUACGGCUGGACGGCCAACAUGGAGCGCAUCAUGAAGGCCCAGGCUUUGCGUGACAACUCCACCAUGGGCUACAUGAUGGCCAAGAAGCACCUGGAGAUCAACCCAGACCAUCCCAUCAUGGAGACACUGCGGCAGAAGGCGGAGGCUGACAAGAACGACAAGGCAGUGAAGGACCUGGUCAUUUUGCUGUUCGAGACGGCGCUCCUGUCCUCCGGCUUCUCCCUGGAUGACCCCCAGACUCACUCCAAUCGCAUCUACCGCAUGAUCAAGCUCGGACUGGGUAUCGACGAUGACGACAUGCCCACAGAAGACGCCCCCUCCGCCGCUGUCCCUGACGAGAUCCCACCACUGGAGGGUGACCUGGAGGAGGACGCUUCUCGUAUGGAGGAAGUCGAUUAAAUUCCCCCCAUCAGACAUAACUGUUCUAUUCAUUUAUACAUAAAUCAUUCCCUUUUGUGAUGGACCAAUGUGGGAGCGUUCUCUGGACCAUACGCACUGUUUGGCUGUAAAGUUCAUUUGUUUUACCCUGCUGUUGCACUGAGUUUUAAGCUGGAGUGGAGGAGAGGGGAGAUGGUACAUUCCAGGUGUGAGGGCAGUCUGCUCACGUGCUACGCCGCCCACUGCAUGGAGGACUGGUCAUUGGCCUGAGCCCAGGCACUGUCUGUAUCAAGUCUUUGUUUUGCAGAAAAUUAAAAGAUCUUAUACCCUUA